AUUCCAACUUUUCGCAUCCUUGAGUAUCUAUGCUCCUGCCCUUUUCUUUUAAAUCUGUUUCGAUAACACAAAAACGCUGCUCAAUAUUUUGAGUUGAAAGGACACAUUUGUUGUCAUAUUUUGACGUCAGUGUUUUUUCGUGCACAUCGCAGUUAGUGAUGGAUCCGUCAAGGAGAAGCGGCGGCGAUUGGCAGGGGAUGGUAAACGAGUUCUUGAUUUGUAAACGGAAGUUGGAGAGCAAGAAAGAAGCUCUGCUGAUCCUAUCCAAGGAGCUGGACACAUGCCAACAGGAGAGGGAUCAGUACAAGCUGAUGGCAAACCAGCUUCGCGAGCGGCACCAGGGUCUAAAAAAGAAAUAUCGAGAGCUCAUUGAUGGAGAUCUAUCGCUGCCUCCUGAAAAACGAAACCAAGUGAAUUUGGCUCAACUACUGAGGGACUCGAGGGAAAAAAGCCAGCGUCUCUCUGAUGAGGUGAAGGAGGUGAAACAGCGACUGAUCGAAGCUCAGGGUGACAACAAGCUCUUACGUAUGACCAUAACCAAACAAAGACUUGGAGACGACGAGGUAGGGGCUCGUCAUUUCCCAGCGCACGAGCGAGAGGACCUGGUCAGACAGUUGGAAAGAGCCAGAGAGCAGAAUGAGGUACUGGAAAACAACGUAAAGUCUCUAACCGACGAGCUUCAGGAUGUACGAGCUGAGCGUGACGUUUUCCAGCAAAAGGCUCAUCGUCUCAAUGUGGAAAUGAACCACAUUGUUGGGAAUGAUGAUGUUCGGAUUCUGGAUAUAGAUGCACUCUGCAUGGAGAACAGGUAUUUGCAUGAUCGGCUUUGUCAACUUCAGGAGGAGGUGACCUUACUCAAGACAAAUUUGGGGAAAUACAAGAGUGCACUGGAAUCCAGGAAAAAUAGCAAAGUUUGUGGAAAGCCAAACAGCAGUGCGCUAACUGGGGUGCUGUCAGCCAAGCAAGUGAAAGAACUACUUUGUGAUGAUAGCGGGUGCACGCUUCCCGUCACCGCCCAGUCAAUCUCGGACCUCAAGUCUCUGGCCACCGCUCUGCUGGAAACCAUCCACGAGAAGAACAUGUUGAUUCAGCACCAGCGACAAAUUAACAAGGUUCUUGGGACUCGUGUCUCAGAAUUGGAGAAGAAGCUGAAAACAUUGGAGACGUCAGGGUUGUGGAACCUGCCAGGCCUAACUUAUCAAAUUUCUGUGGGCAUAAAUGGAAAAUUUAAAGAUUCCAACAUUUGCAGCGCCCUACCAUCAGCCACAGCAGGAGAGCCGGAACUGAGUUCUUCAGAACAGCCAAUACAAGAGACUGAAACUCAAGCAGAACUGCCGCCCUCGUCGCCCCCUUCAGCAGAGGAAGAAUCAUCUCGCCCUGAAUUAAAUUUGCCAAGCAGCAAUGAGCUUCAUGAAAAUGACCAGUCAAAUGAUGACGAAGAAGCAGGUGGUGAGCUCUCCUCUUCAGUAGACGUGAAUACACCCCUGCUGUCAAACACCUCGGAGCGACCGUGCGUGACAUCCAACCUCAAAAGAGACAAUCAAGACGAAGGCAGUGUUGAGAGUGCCGAAACGGAAUGCAUCAUAAUAGAGGAACACGUCAAUAUUUCAGCACAUGCAGCCACAUCAUUACCAUUUGAAAAAGAGCAGGACAGUCGGCAAGAUGAAGAGCUUCCGAUAGGGACAAACGAUUUUGUGUGUUCGGUUUGAUACAAGCUUCACACGAAACAGUUGUGCUUCCACACCGGCACUGUACAUUCCAGAAUACUUCUAGAGGCUGCUAUUUACUCAACCUAUAAUGUUUUGUUUUUUUAAGGAAGCGCAUAAUGAUUUAGAAUUACAGUGCUUUAAAGCAAAGAGUCCCGUUGAUAAGCACUCUCAUUUUAGAAAGCGCUACUAUACUAAAAUUGGGCUACAAAGCAUUCAGUUAAUUAGUUUCAUUAAGACCACAGUUUCAUAUUUAAGAUGAGUUAUUAAUACAUAGGGGAAUAACACAAAAUUUGACCAAUUAUUCAAUAAACCUUGGGAAAAAAUAAACAGUGGGGGAAAAAAACACUCCGAAACAAAACUGAUAGUUGCAGUACCUUUGCUAUUUAUUGUCAUUUAAAUGCUCAUGGUGAACUUGCCAGUCUAUUGAUUUUGUAGUUUGCAAGCAUUAAUCUGGUAACACUGAACAAAAAUAUGAGUAACGUACACUUUUUAUGUUUCUGUAUGAUACACACCAGGGUUGCACUGUGGUGAGCUGUUAGCACACUUGCCUCUUAGUUCUAUAGGUCAGGGGUUUUUAUUUUCUUUUGUGGACAAUGAGGCAAUAUUGUAUUUCAUUUACCAGCACUGGUCCUUGUGUAGUGAAAGCACUAACUGUAAAAUUUAAACAGGUUUUGUCUAUGUAGAAUAUGUAUUUAUUUCUGCAAAAUAAAGCACUUUUCACACAUCUUCAGGAAUGCUGGGAGG